AUGGACUCCUACCACCUUGACUACAUGUCUUUGGCCAUGCGGACAUUUUCUGAUCGUACGCUGUUGGCCAUCUUCAUCUGGCUUGUCGUUGCCAACUGGUCCUUGGCCCAAGACAUGUGCCGUCAAAUUGCUAUGCGGGCCACCAAGACCUUUGAAUCCCCAUAUUGCGGCACACUUGCGGAUAGAGCCAAAUUCUGUGCGCAAGGAUGCAGCCAUCGCAUCGCUGAUUACAUUUAUCGCCUAGCGUGGUGCCCAGCAGAUGAAUGCUCCUUCGUCAAUCCCGCGUUCGAGUGGGACCUCCGUUUUCAAAGGUUCCAUUCAACAGAAGCGCUGCCCGGCCGUUUGGGCUUGGCUGGUGAAGGUUGUUCGCAUUCACCUGGUACGCGUAUUGUUUGCAUGUGUUCGGUGGAUGUGAUGCUGCAGCGUAUCAGCAGACAUGUUCAAGUCCGUCAGCAACCUGAAGGAGGUAAUCCCAUGCAGGAGCCAAUGGCCAACAGUCCGGCGCGGUGCAGUCCUGCUAUUGUUGCAAUUCGCAUGAAUCCAAUUGAAGGCUCAUUUGAAAAUUGGUACGGGAGUAUGGUCCCAUCCGAGCGCCCCUGGCAAGUAAGGUCAAUGACAAAACAAUCCACUGAUAUCAAUUGCGAUGCUGCGUUUUCCAGCGCAUUUGCAGAUCGGCUGAUUGAGCCUGGUUCUGGCAGCUGCACAAUCAAACGUCCUGACUUGAGCAAUGAAGCCUCCGGUACCCUUGGCAUCAAAUGCUUUGGUGGGCCAGGUAUGGACGACAUUGUCGACCGGCUCAGACAGCUUUACGAGGCAGAUCCACGUGCUCAAGCACAGAAUUUCAUCCGUCUUCGAAAUGAAUAUGCACUGAUAGCUGGAGAAGUCUACCUUGAAAUUGGCCUUGGUCAAGACUUUGCUUUCGUGGCAGGUCUGCAGAUGGGCAACCACCUGGCGGGUUAUUCGGUCCUUGCGCCGGAAGUUCUUGCAUAUCUUGAAGAACACUAUAGGUAG